UCCCUCCUCGAACCUCUGCCUGGGCGGCUUGCAACACACAGCCCACCGGACGAGCUCCAUGGCUUCCAACGGUGCUCGGGCCCGGGAGAUUUCAGCCUCAGAGAUAACAUGUAUGCUUGCUGCUCUACAGUGACUUUGGAGCAGGAUCUCAACAGGAAAAUGCAUAUCUGGAUGGUGCAAACCAUAGCUUUUGCUUUAACGUCUCUGGUCCUGGCGUGGGCAGAGAGCGUCGAGUAUUAUGGGGAAAUCUGUGACAACGGGUGUCCUUGCGAGGAGAAGGACGGCAUCUUGACAGUCAGCUGCGAGAACCGUGGGAUCAUCAGCCUCUUUGAGAUCAGCCCUCCCAGAUUUCCUGUUUACCACCUCCUCCUGUCUGGGAAUUUGCUCAACAGGCUCUACCCCAACCAGUUUGUCAAUUACAGUGGAGCUUCGAUCUUGCAUCUAGGCAGCAACGACAUCCAGGACAUCGAAACGGGGGCCUUCCAUGGGCUUAGGGGCUUGAGGAGGCUCCACCUGAACAACAACAAACUGGAGAUCUUGCGGGAUGAUACUUUUGUGGGGCUGGAGAACUUGGAGUAUCUCCAGGUCGACUACAACUACAUCAGCGCCAUCGAGCCCAGUGCUUUCAGCAAGCUGCACCUGCUGCAGGUGCUAAUCCUCAACGACAACCUCCUCUCCUCUCUGCCCAUCAACCUCUUCCGUUUUGUACCCUUGACUCACCUCGAUUUAAGGGGCAACCGGCUGAAGCUGUUGCCCUACUUGGGUCUCCUGCAGCACAUGGAUAAGGUGGUGGAGCUGCAGCUGGAGGAGAAUCCCUGGAAUUGCUCCUGCGAGCUGAUUGCCCUAAAGGAUUGGCUAGACAGCAUCUCCUAUUCAGCCUUGGUGGGGGACGUGGUCUGUGAAACGCCUUUCCGUUUGCACGGGAGGGAUUUGGACGAGGUCUCCAAGCAGGAGCUUUGCCCUAGGAGGCUCAUCUCCGACUAUGAGAUGCCACCGCAGACCCCGCUGAGCACCACGGGGUAUUUCCACACGACCCCGGCCUCGGUGAAUUCUGUGGCCACUUCCUCCUCGGCUGUUUACAAAUCACACUUGAAGCCCCCCAAGGGGACCCGCCAGCCCAACAAAUCCAGGGUGCGCCCCACCUCUCGCCUGCCCUCCAAGGACCUGGGAUACAGUAAUUAUGGGCCCAGCAUCGCCUAUCAGACCAAAUCUCCGGUGCCUUUGGAGUGUCCCACAGCUUGCACUUGCAACCUGCAGAUCUCUGAUUUGGGUCUCAAUGUCAACUGCCAGGAGAGGAAGAUAGAGAAUAUCUCGGAGCUUCAGCCCAAACCCUACAACCCCAAGAAAAUGUAUUUGACUGAGAACUACAUCAUGCAGGUGCACCGGUCAGAUUUCCUGGAUGCUACUGGAUUGGAUUUGCUCCACUUGGGCAACAAUCGCAUCUCAUCCAUUCAGGACCGGGCCUUUGCGGAUCUAACUAACUUGCGGAGGCUUUACCUGAAUGGAAACCGGAUUGAGAGACUGACCCCGGAGCUUUUCUAUGGGCUUCAAAGUUUGCAGUACCUCUUCCUGCAGUAUAAUGUGAUCCGGGAAAUUGAGGCGGGUACUUUUGAUCCCGUGCCCAACUUGCAGCUCUUGUUUCUCAACAAUAACUUGCUGAGGUCUUUACCUGGAGGCAUUUUUUCUGGCUUGACUCUCUAUAGGUUGAGCCUGAGGAGCAACCAUUUCUCCUACCUUCCUGUUAGUGGGGUGCUUGACCAACUGAAAUCCUUGCUGCAGAUUGAUCUCCAUGAGAACCCUUGGGAUUGUACAUGUGAUGUGGUGGGCAUGAAGCUGUGGCUCGAGCAACUCAACACGGGUGUCCUUGUGGACCAGGUAAUCUGUGAAUCCCCUAAGAAAUUUGCCCAGCAUGACAUGAGGAGCAUCAAAGCAGAGCUGCUGUGCCCGGACUACUCUGAUAUCAUUGUUUCCACACCCACUCCAUCAUCCAUGCAGGGACCAGCCAGGACCACUCCCUUCUCCAACUCUGGGCAAUCCAAUAGCACCUCGGAGGAGGAUGAUGCAGCAUUACCUUCUGGUGGUUCCUCCUCCUCCUCCUCUUCUUCCACGGUGCCUUUGUCGGUGCUGAUCCUUAGCCUGCUGCUGGUCUUCAUUAUGUCUGUGUUUGUGGCUGCGGGUCUCUUUGUGUUGGUCAUGAAGCGCAGGAAGAAGGUUCAGGGUGGUGACCACGCCAGCGCUAACAACUCGGAUGUGAGCUCCUUCAACAUGCAGUACAGUGUGUACACAGGAGGGGGAGCCCCCCAUUCUCAUGCUCAUGCCCAUCACCAGCAACAUCCACAGCAUCUUCACCGUGGAGGAGGAGGAGGUGGUCCGGCUUUGCCCAAGGUGAAAACCCCUGCAGGACACGUCUAUGAGUACAUCCCUCACCCCUUAGGCCACAUGUGCAAGAACCCAAUCUAUCGCUCCAGGGAGGGCAAUGCGGGUGAGGAUUACAAAGACCUCCAUGAGCUCAAGGUGACCUACAGCAACCAUCACCUCCAACCCCAACCCCCGCCACCCCCGCAGGCCUUGGGGCAGCCCUCAGCAGCUCCAGGGGGGCAAGAGGAGCCCCUUCGGAGCCCCACAUACAGUGUGAGCACCAUUGAGCCUCGGGACGAAUUGCUAUCCCCUGUGCAGGAUGCUGAUCGUUUUUACAGGGGCAUUUUGGAGCCCGAUAAACGUCCUUCUUCCACCUUGGGGGGCAGUAACCUUCCUGAGUACCCCAAGUUCCCCCCAACUGCCUACACUUAUUCCCCCAAUUAUGACCUUAGGCGUCCCCCACAUCCCUACUUGCAUCCUGGCCCGGGGGACAGCAGGAUCCGGGAGACAGUGCUCUACACCCCCCCAAGUACUGUUUAUGUAGAGCCAAACAGGAACGAAUACCUGGAGCUAAAAGCAAAACUAAACGCAGAGCCGGACUACCUCGAAGUGUUGGAAAAACAGACCACAUUCAGUCAGUUCUGAGACCUUUCCUCUCCCCUAGAGCAUUUGUAUUUAACAACCACACACGAGGAAACACAAUGUUUAUCUUCUCCCUUUCACAUCCCCUUUCCUGUCUCUCCACCUCCUUGCUUCAUUUUGUUGGAAGGUGAAGUGCCUUGGCACAGGAAUUUCCAGCUUCGGGAAAAGCUAUCAAAAGGGUGUGCUGAUUCCAUAGUUAUAGUUCUCUUUCUCUAUUUUGUUUUGUUUUGUUUACAGCUGCUAAGAACCAAUUUGCUGGGUGAACUGGUGCAGGAUUUGUUCUUUCGCUCCUUUCUGUGGCAAAUGUCGUGUUAAGAGAGGCAUGGGGUAUGUUAAGGAAAUGGGUCUUGAGUGGCUGGAUGUCAAAGUGGUCAUAGCAAUCACUAUUGCCUUUUGUUUUAUGUCAGAUACACACUGGUGAUGGAUUUGAUUUUUUUUUUCCCCUUUAAUUGAGAAGUACAGGGCACCGGAUUCCUCGUAUAGCCAUGGAUGUGUCUGAUUGGCUUUUUUUUUUUUAUAAGGUUAGCACACCUGACUUUAAUACAAGGUUGUUUUCUUCUUUUUCCCCUCCCUUUUUUAAGGAAAAAAAAAAAAGGAUGUAUUUGUAUGUUUCUGGACUUUUAAAUUAAAAACGAUAUUACAAUCUUUAAAAAAAAAAAGAUCACCAUAGAUGUGGUCAAAUCAAUAAAAGAGUUCAGAGAUAUAUGAUCCAUAACUGGUUAGUAAAAAUAACUUAUUGAUGAAAUAUAUACAAAAAAUAUUUUAUUGUAGCACCUAUUUUUAUAUAUGCGGUAGCAUUUCCUUCAUUAUUUGAGGGUCCAGUUGUCCCGAAUGCUUACUGUUUGCACAUGGUUUAACUUCCCUUUGAAACAUAUAAUAGGGUCUCUUCGCACAUUACAUGUUUUAGGUAAGAAACG